AUGGAUAUUGAUUAUUUGUUUGCCAUAAAAGUAGUUAGUAUGAUAGUGAUGUUUUUGAUGAUUAUUGUAAUGGGGAAUAUUCCCUUGAGAUCUACAGCUUUUAAGGGAAAUCAAUUAUUAUUAGAAUUGACGGGAGCUUUUUCUGGAGGACUAUUUUUAUCAGUCGGGAUUAUACAUCUGCUACCUGAGUCUAUGAAACAGUUUCAUUUGAAUUAUAAGGCAUAGGAGAUAGAAUCCUUUAAUGAAUUCCCUUAUGCCUGUUUAAUAACAGUGUUAAGUUUUGCCUUGAUUUUGUACAUUGAAAAAAUAGCCUUCAUUCAUGAUCAUACUAUUGAUGAAAGUCAUUCUCAUUAAAUAGCAGUGAUAAAUCAACAGGAUAUUUUUGGGGAAUUGGAGAGUCCAGAAACAGCAAAGCAAUAAAUCCAAUAAAUUAAAGAGUAGAAUGAAAUACAGGUCAAUUCUUUGACUCCUUAUAUAUUAUAAUUUGCCAUAGGUAAAGAUUUAUGUAAUGAGGAAUUCAUGCAUUCUUUGAGGGUUUAGCAAUAGGAAUAGAAUAACAAGUACCUCAAUGUUUAGGUAUUGCCUUAGCAGUAAUUUGUCAUAAGUGGGCAGAAGGUUUGA